CCGGUCACGGUGAUUGGCUCGGAUUCCGAGAUGCUGGUGGACGAGAUGAGGGCAAUGGCCACAGACCUGCAGGCAACGAAACAGCGGAAACAGAUAGUACAACAACCCGGACAGCAGUGUCCUUGUUGCAGGCUAUUAAAGCCAAAACUGCAGCAACCGUGAUUCGGAGGCGGGAGACCUCUUCCAGCGCAACUCCUACAGCAGCUGCGCAAGAAGAUGUAAACACUGGGACGCCCGCAGACGUUGACGAUGUACUCCUUAAAGUUACUCCAGAGAUGUUGGAAGAGCAGAAUAUUGCGGCGGAUGUCGACUGGGAUCUAAACACAACAACGAACGACCAAGAGGACGAUGUAGACCGCGAGCAGAAUGAAAACGACGGCGCAGCAGGCGCGCCCGAAAACACAACUUCUAACCUGAUGUUGAUACCGCCAGCUGGUGCGACCGCGAUCUCAGGUGCUGCUGCAACUGUUAUUGAGUCUGCGUCUUCCGAAGCUCCUCCACAAGCAGCAACGACGACCUCAAACAGAAGGCCGAAUAUGCAAAGGUCGCCAGGCACUGGAGCUAUUGACAUACAGCCUUUAGCAAGUGAAAUCCAACAGCAAAAUACCAGGGGACAGGGUGGAGAAG